CAGAUAGUGAUGGCAAAGGUGCACUCGAACGAAAAGGGACACGACAGAGGGUGCGAAAAGACGACCUGCCAUAGUCACCACACCAACAGAACACCACCAACACAAUGGUCGCUGACAUGCCAGCCAUCCAGUCAGUAUGUACGCUUGCGAACCAGAUAGUGUUGUGCAGUGCACCCAAACGGAACAGCGGCGGGACAAAAGAGUGCGAAAAACAACCUACCACAUCACACCACGACAACAGCACAUCGACGACGCACAGACCCACACACGAACACACACAUAUGCGUCCAUUUCCGUGUCCUCGUUCCCUUUCAGUGUUCCUCACGCAUGCAUACCAGGAAGGCAGAUGGGCGAUUCAGGUGUGAGGGAUACGACAGCCAGGCCCUUGGCAGUGUUGUACAGCAGCGCUGGGCCGAAAAAGCAAUCUGAGAAGGCAAGGCGCGAUCCACGAGACGCAAGAUCACAAGCACGCAGCCAAAACGUCAGGCCCGGUUGUAUUUUUGAGUCUUUGAUCGGUCGUAAAUUCGACCUCCAGACGACCCGAAUCCUCGCUUCCCAUACAAUUGCGGGCUCAGCAAAUCCGAGAAAUGGUCCCGGUGCAGUCCUAAGGAAGUGUUUGCAUCGAGUAAGGACAUGUGGAAAUACAUUGACUCAUAGCGCAACGGCAGGCAGAGUCUGUCGGUCUCUCAUGAGAUGAACUGCGUCAAUCGACCAACCAUCAAUCAAAUCACGCGACAAACAUGCCAGCACCAUCCUCAGCGCCCGCCUGGCGUAUCUUCCAGCGGCGCCGCCCACCACGCACACACAUACUCGCACUACGCGCCAACGCAACAGACAGAUGAGCACGAACCCACCCCAUCACCUGGCUAUACGACUUGUCUGCCCACGCAGCCUUGGUGCGCAGCUUCUCAACCAGGCGGCUGAAAAAACCAUUGGCCUCUCUGCCCCACACACCGUCCACCGUCACGCACAAGGGGGUGAAGUGGAUGGACUUGUCCUCGCACACACGGCUGUGGUGGGCCUUCUUGGCCUUGGUCUUGUUCUUGAGGAUGGAGGCGGUCGAUUGGUUGCGGUAGGACGACGCGUCAGCGUUUGUCACGCAGAGGUCAAACGACACGUCCUUCUGCCGCUCCCACACCCCCCUCACCACCAUGUCCGUCCGCACCCCCUUCUCCCCCUCCUCGGGCUCCACAAUCACCACCUCCUUCCUGACCGCCGACUCGCCCCAAGCCUUGGCAGAAAGGUCGCACAGCACGUCCACCACCUCGUUGUGCCGCCGAAUCACCAACCCACCCACUCCACAGUUGAGGGCGUGGUCGAGCGAGUACGGAGCCCCGCAGCCGUCGCAGUGGGUGGGUAUCUUGGGAGGCUCGUAGGCGUAUCGGAUGGCCAUGUUGUCGCGGAACUCGUCAGGCGUCAGGUCGGUGUGGUCCUCUGCGUCAGGCCGGCAAGUCACCCACCCGGCCGUCUUGGCCUCGAUCGCCCAUCGAGUAAGGACAACAUGUGCGCUGGAGUAUUAAGAAAGGGAUGAUGAAUAUGGUAUAUUUCUAUCUGUAAAUUGUAUGACCAUGGAUACUACGCCACAGGGCUAUAGGGUCAUCCCGGGACCUCGUUCAUUCAUUCAUUACACCUCUUCUCCAGUAUUCCCCCCGUUCCCCUUCCCCGCUCCCCUGAAAAGGUAGAGUCGUAUUACACUCUCGAGCAUUCAUCCCUCUGUGCCAUUGGGUUCUGGGCUUGCAGCCUUCGAACUUAGGCCGCUGUGCCAUUGCCUUCGAACUUACGCCGCUAUGCCAUUGGGUCCUGGGCCUGCACCCUUCGAACUUAGG